GUCGCGCAGAGCCUCACUUAACUGCUUUGCUUUAACUAGCGUUACCUGACUUUAGUGUUUAUUGGUUUAUUUCAAGUGAAACACAUAAACGUUUGGCGUCUUGUCACAGUCCCCUCCCUGGCUGAUAAUGCCUUUGUUCCGGGGCGAACAUGGUGAGGCAAAGGCUCGGCCCAGGCGGAGGAGGAGGACGAGGAAUAUGGAUUGGGUGGGGAGCUGCGGCAGGACGGAUGAAAACGGACACGUCCUUUCGUUGACACGUCUUUGUUUGCAAAGCCUGGCGGACAACAUGAAGGAAGUGUGGGCGAAGGACUAUGCCGAUAAUUACCUGGAUCACUAUUCAUUCAGAUACAUCAUGGGUCCUUUCAACUUACUGCCGGGUGCGCUGGUCGAGGAGCUGACGUGGCUUCUGUGCACCAGAAAGCAGAUGUCCCGUGCGGCCCUCCACCUCAUGCUGGUCCCCCAGCUCCGUGGCCUGUCUCUGGAAAGUUGUCCUGGUCUGGUCAACUCCACCCUCUGUGCCCACAUCGCUGCACGCUGCCAGGGUCUGUGGAGCCUGGACCUAUCUGGAGCCCAGCAGCUGCCCUCAAAGGUCCUGUGUGAAACCAUUUGCUGUCUCCCGGCUCUCCGCUCGCUCUCCCUGGCGGGUACACCUUGUGACAGAUGUGUCAUCAAGACGAUCGCCCAAUGCUGUCCUCUGCUACGCCAUCUGGACAUUUCCCGCUGUCAUUUACUUUCCCCUGCUGCGCUGCUUCCUCUUGGAGGUGGUGGUUCCUUCUUAUCCUCUGACUCUCCUUCUAAGUCACCUCAUUGCACGUCCCAGUCUUCUAUUUCCUCUUCUUGCUCUGCACCCCGGUCUCCUCUCCCCCUCAGCAGUCUGCUAGCUUUGGAUAUUGGAUUUGGGGAGCAAGAGGGGGACCCUGUGGCGGCGGCUGCCUACCUCCUUCUCUCCUUGAACAGCCUGGAGAGGGUGGCGAUGGAGGGCCUUGCGCAGGCCUGCUGUCUCAUCCAGCAAAGACAGUUCAACCAGACCGAUGAGUUCACUGACAGAGAAGGUGUUCCCAGGCUGUUGGAGCUGUGGAGGGAGUGGAGGCACAGGCAAGGCAUGGACAGUGGUAGGAAAAUGAGAGAAGCAGCGGCAUGUGAAGAAGAGGAGGAGGAGGAGGAGGAGGAGGAGGAGGAGGAGGAAAGGACAUUGUGGGAUGGGUUUGGUAGUGACAGUGAGGAGGAGGCGAGGGGAGAUGGAGGGCCAAAUCCCUCUCGUUACCAAACCGAGGACCGAAAGAGAGGACGAGAUUUGUCAGACGAUGGACGCCUGGUCCUUCAACUGAAGAAUGUCAUGGGCAUAUCAUGUGACUCUUUGGACAGUUUAAGUCUUGCAUGUCCAAACAUUUCCUCCAUAUCCAUGAAUGUUGAUGAUUUUGAAAACACUAGAGGAGAAAGCCAAGGGUCUCUGUUAGCCGCAGGCCUCCAGGCGUGGUCAGCCCAGCUGCGCAGCCUUUCGAUGUACCAUCCUGGCCUUCUGCUGAAUCUACUUCCUGCCUUGCAAGUUGCAGGCUCCUCUUUGGUCUCCCUCACACUGGAGGGGGUGAAAACUGGCCCCCACACCCCUCUACUGGAGGUCAUCAAGGCCUGUCCCAGACUCCGAGACCUGCUCAUAUCUGCAGAACCUCCUACCACGCCUUGGGAAGCAGAAGAGGAUCAGAGGGCCGAGCAGGAUCUUCCCCGGCUGGCUAACCUCUGCUCUCUCACACUCAAUUUCUCCUAUGAGCACAGCCAAAUGAAGCCUGUCAUGUCCUGCAUGUCCUUGAAGAGGGUGCUGAAGUGUCUCCUGGCUGGAUCUCCUUUGCUGGAGAAGCUCUCACUGGUCUCCCUGCCCUGCCCUCUGAAUGGUGUUUUACAGGAAGUACUGCACGUUUUGGACUUGGACCAAUAUCAUUUUGUAGAUUCCACGAACUCUCGUCCCAUGCCCCUUGGACGAGUACAACGUGUUCACCUGCCGCGCACCGAUGUGACGAUGAUGACAGUGAGAGGUUUAAUGCAACGGAGCAAGAGACUCAAGUAUGUGGAUGUGAGUUACUGCUGGCAAAUCAGUCAGCUUGAGUGGAAGCACUGCGAGAGGUCCACUGAAGUCCAAGUUGUCUGGUUGUAGCUGAGAAAUGAGCAGCUUCCAAUACAGGAGCAGCACUGUUCACAGUGGAUGAAUAACACAUUCAAUUAUUAAAAUAAAAAUUCAAUGCACACCUUU